AGCGGCCGGACCUGCAGAGGCCACAAUGGAGACCGGAGUGUCAGAUGUCAGCAACCCCUUUUCAGUAGAAGGUGACAGCCUGAUCCUGGAUCUCGACUUGUACGAUGCCGACAGCUAUGACGUCCCGGAUCCAGGGCUGCUCAAGGAGAAGAAUGAGUCGUUUUCGGAGCCAGUCCCAGGGCUUUUUACCAGCAGCUUGCGGUGGCAGAACAUGACCCCGCGCGCCCGUGCCCGCCAGCUAUGGCUACUCCUGCGUACAGGCCUCCGUGACUUCGUGGAAAAGGAAAAGAGAGCCGAGCUGUGCGUGGGCCACUUGACACACGGGCUGGAGCCGCUGCGCCACCUGACGGUGGCAGCUGGGCUGCGCUCAGUGGCGCAGGACCCAGCGGGCAGACGCUUCGUGGUGCUGGAUGGUGCGGGCCGCCUGCACCUGCACAGAGAAGACGGCUGGGCUUACGAGAAGCUGUGUGCCCCAGCAGUGCUCACGGGGCUGGUGGCGGUGCCAGGCCCUCUGGGUGCUGUGGGCCGCUUCGUGGGCUGGGGCCCCGAGGGGCUGGCCAUACUAAGGCCUGACCUCAGCCUGCUGUGGCUGAGCAAGCCAGGGGUGGGCAGGGUGCCGGGCCACCAGCCCGUCUGCUGUCUGCCGGUGCCCAGCCUGGGGCUGUUGCUGGUGGCAGAGGCAGGCGGCAGCCUGGUGCUCUGGAAGUUCCGCUCAGGAGGCCGCUGCCUGGUGCCGUGUGGGUCACCUCUGCAGCUGCCACCAAGCCCUGCAGGUGCAGUCACCCGUUUGGUUCUCGGGCCCUUGCCCUCCCACCAAGCCCCAUGCUGCUUCGCGGCCUGUGGCUCGGCUGUGCUCACCUUUGAUCUGGACCGCUGGGCUCUCGUAGACGUGCGCCGGGACCUGCAUAAAACCACCAUCUCGGACCUGGCCUACUGCAAGGAGGUAGAGGCCAUGGUGACGGCUUCUCGCGACAGCACAGUGAAGGUGUGGGAGGCCGACUGGCAGGUCCGGAUGGUGUUCGUGGGCCACACAGGCCCAGUGACAGCUGUGGCCGUCCUGCCGAACACCGCCCUAGUCCUGUCAGCCUCGCAGGAUGGGACGCUGCGCACGUGGGACCUGCAGGCGUCAGCACAGGUGGGCGAGGUGGCGCUGAGCAGCCGGGGCCGAGGGGUGCCAUCUGGGCACGUGAACCGCCUGCUGGCGCCCGCUGGCCCCGGCUGGCCAGUGCUCUCUUUGAGCGCGAGCAGCGUGGAGCUGUGGCUCCUUCGCGAGCUCUACUCGCCGUUGGCGCAGCUGUCAGCGCCGGUGCUCCACCUGCAGACCGCGCCCGCGCUGCCCGCGCCCGCGCACCCGCCGCUGCCUAUGCGCCUUGUGUGCGCAUGCGCCGAUGGCUCGGUCUACCUCGUGUCGGUCGCCACCGGGCGCACGGUGAGCGCGCUGCUGCUCGAACCGGAGGACGGCGCAGCCUCGCUGCUUUAUUGCCUACCGCGGGAAGCACUGUGGCUGCUGACACGCGCCGGACACCUGGUGUGUGCCAACGCCGCACGAUGCCCCAUGCGCGUGCUAAACCGGGUGUGCCCGCCCCCGGCCCCCGCGCCCAGGCCCUGCUGCCUGCACCUAUACAGCCACCUCACAGACCCCAGCAGCGCAUUCGCCAGCUGGCAGAUCGUACGCCAGCAUGGGGGCGAGCUGUGCCUCAGUGACCCGGCCCGACCCCGGAAGGACAAAAACCGGUACCUGCCCGUGGUGGGGCACACGGAUGGCACCCUCUCGGUCCUCGAGUGGCGCCGGUCGAAGCCCGUCUUCCAAACCGCGGCACACAGCCCGGGCCCCGUCACCGCCAUUGCAUCUACCUGGAACUGCAUUGUGUCCUCUGGCGGAGACUUGACCGUGAAGAUGUGGCGUGUCUUCCCCUAUGCUGAGGAGAGCCUCUGCCUGCUGCGAACCUUCUCUUGCUGCCACCCGGCGACCGUGCUCUGCGCUCUGGGGAAGCGGGUGACUGUGGGCUUUGAGGAUCCAGGCCGCGCCACCUACGGCCUGGUGCAGUUUGGCCUGGGCGACAGCCUCCGCUACGAUCACCGGCCCCAGGAUGACCCCACGGACCACAUCACUGGCCUGUGUGGCUGUCCCACACUCAAGCUGUGUGCCUGUUCCAGCCUGGACUGCACCAUCGGCAUCUGGACAGCCGAGAAUCGCCUGCUGAGGCUCCUGCGGCUGAAUGGUGCCCCUCAGGCCCUGACCUUCUGCAGCGACAGCGGGGACCUGGUGCUGGCUCUGGGCUCCCGACUGUGCCUGGUGUCCCAUAGGCUCUACCUGCCCACAUCUUACCUGGUUAAGAAGCUACGCCGGAAGGUCCCUGAUGUGGUGGAUGACCCUCCCCUGCCACUGACCACCCAGGAGUCGCUGACCUCAGCCCAGCUGCAGAGGCUCGCCAGCCUACGUGGGGCGGCCAGUCUUAGCACGGACUUGUCUUUCAUCCAUCACCAGACGGCCACACCUCAGCAGCCAGUGUUGGAGGAGGACCUAGAAGCCCUAGUUUCCCGGGAUGAAGACCUUCAGAUGCUGAGACUGGGGCUGGUGGUCCCGGCAGCCCAGCCCCCACCCUCCUGGCAACAGCGGCAGGAGGCCUUUGACAACUAUCUGCGUCUCAUCUAUGGCCCUGGCUUGCUGGGCAUGCAUUCUGGAAGAGAAUCCCAGCAAUGGAGUACUGUGACCCUCACACUGGAGAGAGAGACCUGCGAUGUGUGUGUCUCGCCCACAGCUGCCCUCAGUCUUAGGCAGGCUGAGGUCUGCACUGAAGCCCUAAGGGGGCCGGCAGCCCGCCCCUUGCAGGACCUGGGGACCGGGGGCCAGCGCUUUGCCCCCCCUCCCCGAGUCCCCUUGCCCACCCCCCACCCCCACCGGGGGGUGCACAGCAGGGCCUCCCAGCUGCUGGCCCGCUCCUCUCUGAGCGGCAGCCUGGGCCUCAGUCUGGACCUGCAGCUGCAGUUGGAGGGCUCCAAGGGGAGAAGCCUGUGGUCGGGCCUACCAUCCCCCCACACACAGCACAGGAUCCCCCUCCUGAUGAAGAGGCGGCCCGAGGAGCUCCUCUCCAACCUCCGAGGCUUCUUUCCUGCCACCAUUCAGCCCUAUGAGCCCUCGCGCAGGCCCGUCCACUUCCCCGGCAGCGUGCCCAACUCCGUGGUGCUGCAGCAGAUGUGGCCGCACAGGGAGGUCAGCGGCCUCGGAGCCCCCGCCCCGCUCACCAGCCACGGCAGACACCAGGCAAGGGAGGACCGGGGGGCUUGCUCCUGGGCUCUAUGGAAGGGGGCCCGAGUUCCCGCGGCAUGCCAGCGGCCACCCGUGCUCUCCCCUCUGCAGCCAGGUGGGAGCCAGGACAUGUGGUUGCCACGACGACGCGGGAGGCAGUGGCAUGCCAAGUGGCAGCAGAAGCUGAUCCGGUGGUUGGGGGAAGAGGAGGCGGAGGAGGAGGAGGAGGAGGAGGAGCUGUAUCUGGACUGGGCCUCCGACUCCCUGAGCCCACGCGGGCACCUCUCCGAGUUGGAGGAGGCCAAGAGCCCCGAGGAUUCCACCCCGAAGCCCUUGCACUCUCGUGACGCCUCCGCCGGGACCCAGGCCUCGCGCGGCCCCUCGUACCCCUUCAGGCGCUCGCUCUGGGAAGAGCGCUACGGCCAUCUGCCCAGGUUUCUGCAAUUUUUCGUCUGCCAGAACUGGUUCAAAAAGCUGUUCCCCAUCUUCAACCUGAAGGUGUAUCCCGAAGUGGGCACGGUGGAGGGCCUGGCCUCGCUGCUCACGGACCUGCUGGACGAGGCCUCCUGGGCAGACCGCGUGCACAUCCUGGGAGCGCUGCUGCGGCUGCUGCCUGACGUGAGCAGAGACCUCUGUAACCGGCUGCGGGGCAUCCUGGAGCGCUUGCUCAACCUGGACCAGCCCCCCAGCCUCGAGGACCAGACGCAGAAGCAGUUCGUGACGCUGGCGUUGCAGCUCCUUCUGGCCUGCUCCCUGGAGUCCCACGAGGUGGUGCUGGAGCUCAUGUCCUACUUCCUCUACUCGCCAGCCUCCUGCCGGCCCUGGCUCAAGAAGCUGCUGGAAGGGCUAGGCCUUCAGGAUCCGCAGGGCUUCCUGUUCAAGGAGAUGACGACCUGGGUCCAGGGCCCGGACGCCAACUGCAAGGCUGCACUGCGCCAACGCUGCUGCCAGAAGCUGGAGGAAAUGAUGGAGCGGCUACAGAUGGAAUCCUUGCAGCCUUCUGUAGUAGCCGAGUUGUCAGAGGUGCUGCCCAAGGUCUCCAGGACCUCGGCACUUUACCUUCCUCCCAAGGAGGCCCCGUCUCAGAUUUCCGUGCUCUCUGGGUCACCUUUUCAUGUCUCAGCGACACCCUCGGCCCACUCCUGGGCCCCCUCACUGGUGGUCUCACCUGGGGAGCUGGACUUGGCCACCCUUGAGUCCCAGGCCCAGCAAACGCUUCCGCCAGUGUGCUUCUGGUGGACCAGACGCACGCUGUCAGAGACACUGCGACACUUCUGCCCCUCGUCCGAGGUCCAUUUGCACCCCUCAGUACCCACUGCGCUGCCGGAUGAGCCACUGCCACUGGAGCAGACGGACUGGUCACAGUCGCAGAUGCUGGACCUGGGGCCGAUCGAUGCGCUCAACUUCUUCUGUGAGCGGCAGCGGGCCCGGCAGCAGAGUCCCCUGCAGGAGGAGCCCGAGAGCCCAUGCCUGAGCUUGCGCCCACCUGUGCCCAACACAGUGCUACCACAGCCCUGGGAUCGCUGGCACUAUCCUAUCCUCCGGCUUCAGGAGGCCAAGGUCCGGAGGCCUCCGAUGACACUGAGAGGCCGGAUGCCGUCCCGGCUCCGGGUGGGCAGUGCCCUCCAUGGCUCCAUCCGCAUGCUGAAACUGCCCCUGCCGAGGGUGGAAAUUCGUCCCUUCCCCCCGGCCUGGCCCAGGCCUGCCCGUCCGCUGCCCCCACUGCUCCUGCAGCCUGCUUUACAGCGCUACUUUCUGCCGGACGACACGAACCCUGACAGCUACAGUUGACCAGGCUGGUGGCCCCAGUCUCUUCUUCCCUCCAGCCUGGAGGCAGGAAGCCGCUUUCCAGCCAACUGUUCUCCCCCUAGAAAUAAAGUCCAGAGGUCGUGGCCAGAAAA